AUGUUGAAGCCGCAGCCGCCGCCGCAGCCCCCGCCCCAGCCGCCGCCGCAGCCGCCGCCGCCGUCCGUCCCGCAGCCGGCCCCGACCCGCCGUCCCGCCGGAGGGAGCAGCCCGCCCAACGGGAGCCCCGGGACCCCGCCGGCCCCCGCCUCCCCCGGCCUGGGGGCGCCCGUCGCCGCCGGGGGCGGGAGCCGCCGGGCGGGCGAAGGAGGCCCGCCGCCGCCGCCGCUGCCGCAGGAAAGGCCGGGGGGGAGCGCCGCCACCGGCAGCACCAGGGGACAGAGCACGGGGAAGGGACCGCCUCAGUCACCGGCUUUCGAGGGGGUCUACAACAACUCCAGAAUGCUGCACUUCCUCACCGCCGUCGUGGGUUCCACGUGUGACGUGAAAGUGAAAAACGGCACCACCUACGAAGGCAUCUUCAAAACCUUGAGUUCGAAGUUCGAUCUGGCAGUGGAUGCGGUGCACAGGAAGGCCUCGGAGCCGGCGGGCGGACCCCGACGGGAGGACAUCGUGGACACCAUGGUGUUCAAGCUGAGCGACGUGAUGUUGGUGCAUUUCCGCAAUGUUGACUUCAACUACGCCACUAAAGACAAGUUCACCGACUCAGCCAUCGCGAUGAACUCGAAGGUGAACGGGGAGCACAAGGAGAAAGUGCUGCAGCGCUGGGAGGGGGGCGACGGCAACAGCGAUGACUACGACCUUGAAUCUGACAUGUCUAAUGGCUGGGACCCCAACGAAAUGUUCAAGUUCAACGAGGAGAACUACGGGGUGAAGACGACCUACGACAGCAGCCUCUCCUCCUACACGGUACCCCUGGAGAAGGACAACUCCGAGGAGUUCCGGCAGCGGGAGCUCCGGGCCGCCCAGCUGGCCCGCGAGAUCGAGGCCAGCCCCCAGUACCGCCUGCGCAUUGCCAUGGAGAACGACGACGGGCGCACCGAGGAGGAGAAGCACAGCUCCGUACAGCGACAGGGCUCCGGCCGGGACAGCCCCAGCCUCGUAUCCAGAGAGGGGAAGUACAUCCCCCUGCCCCAGAGAGUGCGGGAGGGUGGCCCCCGUGGGGGCGUGCGCUGCAGCAGCUCCCGGGGCAGUCGGCCCGGCAUCGGGUCCUUGCCCCCCCGGGGAGGCCCCCAUCAUCCCGACAGCAGUGGCUCCAGCCCUGGUUCUGAGCCCCGAGGCAUCAACGGAGGCCCUUCCCGCAUGUCUCCCAAGGCUCAGCGGCCCCUGAGAGGCGCCAAGACCAUGUCUUCCCCCAGCAGCCGGCCCCUCGGAGAAACCUCCGCUCCGCCUCCCGCGGGCCGGAUGUAUCCCCCGCGCUCCCCUAAGUCGGCAGCCCCCGCCCCGGCCUCCGCCUCCUGCCCCGAGCCACCCGUGGGCUCCGCGGUGCCGACCUCCACGGCCCCCCUCCCUCCGGCCUCGGAACCUGGGGUCGGCCCCAUGCCCCCGUCCUCCCCGAAGGUCACCGCGCACGCCGACGGGAAGGAGGCCCUCCCCAAAGAGCCUGGGAGAACAUUGGAGCCACCCGAGCUGGCCCGGGUCCCUGGGAAAGCUCCUGGCCUUCAGAAUGAACAGAAGCGAUUCCAGCUGGAGGAGCUGAGGAAAUUCGGGGCCCAGUUUAAGCUGCAGCCCAGCAGCUCUGCCGAAGCCGGCCCGGACCCCUUCUCUGCCCGGGCCUCUAAGGAGGGUGGAGCGGAGCCUAAGGGCAAAGAGAAGGAAGCGGAGGGUCUCCUGGUCUCCGAGGUCCUGGUCCCCGCGGUCCCCUCCAAGAGCGACCCCCCGGCCGACAAGGAGGAGAAGCAGCUGCCCCUGCCCGGGGGGGCCGAGGGGCCGGAGCAGCCGCCGCAGCCUCCCCGGCAGGGCCAGACGGGCAGCCCCACCGGAGGCGUUGGCAAGGGAGACGACAAGGAGGAGGGCGGCCCCGUCACCGAUCAGGUGAAGAAGUCGACGCUGAACCCCAACGCCAAGGAAUUCAAUCCCUCGAAGCCUCUGCUGUCGGUGAACAAGUCAACCAGCACUCCAACCUCCCCAGGUCCCCGGACACACUCGACUCCCUCCAUCCCCGUGUUGACGCCGGGCCAGAGUGGGAUGUACAGCCCGCAGUACAUCUCCUAUAUACCUCAGAUCCAUAUGGGGCCGGCUGUGCAGGCUCCUCAGAUGUACCCGUAUCCCGUGUCCAACUCGGUGCCCGGGCAGCAGGGCAAGUAUCGGGGAGCUAAAGGUUCCCUGCCCCCGCAGCGCUCCGAGCAGCACCAGCCGGCCUCCGCUCCUCCCAUCAUGCAGGCGGCGGCGGCGGCCGCGGGGCCCCCGUUGGUGGCGGCCACGCCGUACUCUUCCUACAUCUCUUACAACCCGCAGCAGUUCCCCGGCCAGCCGGCCAUGAUGCAGCCCAUGGCCCACUACCCGUCUCAGCCCGUGUUCGCCCCGAUGCUCCAGAGCAACCCGCGGAUGCUGACGUCGGGCAGCCACCCGCAGGCCAUCGUCUCCUCCUCCACGCCCCAGUACCCGCCGGCCGAGCAGCCCACCCCGCAGACGCUGUACGCCACCGUUCACCAGUCCUACCCUCACCACGCCACGCAGCUCCACGCCCACCAGCCCCAGCCAGCCACCACCCCCACCGGGAGCCAGCCGCAGUCCCAGCACGCGGCCCCCAGCCCCGUCCAGCACCAAGCCGGGCAACCCCCGCACCUGGGUAGCGGGCAGCCCCAGCAGAACCUGUACCACCCGGGAGCCCUGACGGGCACACCGCCAUCCCUGCCCCCGGGGCCCUCGGCCCAGUCGCCCCAGAGCAGCUUUCCCCAGCCGGCCGCCGUCUACGCCAUCCACGCUCACCAGCAGUUGCCCCAUGGCUUCACCAACAUGGCCCACGUUACCCAGGCCCACGUCCAGACUGGAAUCACAGCAGCCCCCCCCCCUCAUCCUGGGGCCCCCCACCCACCCCAGGUGAUGCUGCUGCAUCCGCCCCAGAGCCACGGGGGGCCCCCCCAGGGCGGGGUACCUCAAAGCGGGGUGCCCACCCUGUCUGCCUCUACACCCUCACCCUACACCUACAUUGGACACCACCAAGUUCAGUCUCAUCCCUCCCAGCAGCUCCCCUUUCACCCCCCGGGAAACUGAAGACCACCACCGUCCUGGCUAUGACCUGAGCCCUCCCGGAGGGAGGGGAGGAGGAGGAGGAGGAGGAGGAGGAAGAGGAGGGAGGGGGCU